AUGCUAUGCCUGGUAGAAACUAAAAGAGAGGUAGUAACUAAAUUUGAUGUUGUGCAACUGUGGGAAAAUGAUGCGGUAGGAUGGGAGUAUGUCGGGGCGGAAGGUGCUUCAGGCGGUCUAUUAUUGAUGUGGGAUGAAACGGUUUUUAAGAUAGGCAACUGUUAUAAAGGAGAUAGAUGGUUAUGCGUGGAGGGGGAGCUGAUCAAGCGUAGUUUUCGUUGUGCUAUUUGUUUAGUGUAUGGUGCGCAUAUUAGGAAUGAAAAGCUGGUUGUGUGGGAAGAGCUAAGCUUUUUAUCUGGGUUAUGUAAAGUACCUUUUUGCUUUAUGGGAGACUUUAAUGAGGUCGUUAAAGUGGAAGAGAGAAAAUGGGCUACUACUUUGACGGGGUCGGCAGCGGACUUUAAAUCUUGGAUUCAGGAUAUGGAACUAGUGGACUUAGACUUAUCUGACCGCCUGUUUACCUGGUUCAGGGGCCAAUCUUGUAGCCGCAUUGAUAGAAUGUUGGUUACUUUGGAAUGGCUAGAAGAGUUUUCCGAUACUAGGCUACGAGGUGGUCCAAGAGGGUUAUCGGAUUAUUGCCUAGUGGUGAUGGAAGCUGCAAGGGUCGGAAGGGGGCCGAGACCUUUUCGAAGUCUUGAAUCAUGGUUCACUCAUGAAGGGUUCUUGAGGAUGGUGAAGGAGUAG